CCACACGGCCGCAGCUCCUCUCUACGUACGUGCCUAUGCCUUCAUAUACGAGCACCACCCGACGUUGCACCGGGAAAAUAUACACACACACAUUCGUAGCACGAAACAACCGUUCACCACUACCACCACCACACCAUUGCCACCGCCAUGGAUCGCUCACCUUCCAAGUUCGUCUUGCUCCUUAUGGCAGCAGCGGCGACCUGGAGCUUCUUCCUCGUCGCCGACGCAGGCAGGCUCCAGCCCAGCUGCAUAGGGCGCGAGAGGGACGUGUUGCUGGCCUUCAAGCAAGGUAUCAACGACACCGAUGGCAACCUCAGGUCGUGGCAAAAAGAGCGGCAAGAUUGCUGCCAAUGGGCAGGCAUCACCUGCAACAACGUAACCGGCCACGUCAUCAAGCUUGACCUUGGCGGAAGAUAUUAUUUGGUCGGCCAGAUAAGUCCUUCCUUGCUUUCGCUAGAGCAUCUCGAGUACCUCGAUCUCUGGGGCACCAGACUGUGUGGGCCUGGUGGUCGUGUUCCAGAGUUCCUGGGUUCCUUAAAUAACUUGAGGCAUCUUGAUUUGUCCGGCAUGUCUUUCUCUGGUAUGGUGCCUCCUCAGCUUGGCAACCUGUCAAAUCUGGAAUACCUUGACCUAUCCGGCAUAUAUUUCAAUAAUACGCGGUUGGGCUUAACAGACAUCUCGUGGUUAACCCGUCUACCUUUGUUGAUGCAUCUUGAUAUGAGUUAUAUCAAUCUCAGCUCAAUAGCCGAUUGGCCUCUUGUUGUCAAUAAGAUUCCAUCUUUGGAGUUGCUCGAUCUUUCUGAGUGCUCGCUUUCAAGUGCAAACCAAUCCCUCGCACACCUAAACCUCACAAAUCUUCAAUACCUUGAUCUCUCAGAUAACUACUUUGAUCAUCCAAUUGCAUCCAGUUGGUUUUGGAACAUAACAAGCAUCAAGUACCUCGACCUUUCUGGUACCUCUCUCUAUGGUCCGUUUCCUAAUGCACUAGGAAAUAUGACGUCUCUCCAAGAACUUUAUUUUGGCCCCUAUUCUACCAAUGGUGACUCACCCACCACAACUGCUAACAUGGCCACAAUGACAGUAGACUUGAAAAAUCUAUGUGAUUUGGAAGACCUAUUGCUUGAUGGAAGCUUCUCCUCUGGGAACAUAACCGAGUUUAUAGAUAAACUGCCAAGAUGUUCGUCCAACAGAUUGCAGCGUUUGAGGUUGAGCAGCAACAAUAUGGUUGGAAUUCUACCAAACAGAUUGGGGAACUUAACCAACUUAGCUUUGUUGGACCUUUCUUACAAUAACAUUACUGGAGCUAUACCGCUAGGCAUAAGCAAUCUUUCUUGUUUAGAAACACUUGAUCUUUCUAACAACCUUCUUGUUGGAGCUAUACCGCUAGGGUUGGGAAAUUGCACUAGUUUGCAAUAUGUUUAUCUCACCAGUAACAGUCUCAAUGGACCUAUACAACCAGGGAUACAAAGCUGCAAUAGAUUACAGGACCUUUUGCUUUCUUACAAUAGCAUUACUGGAGCUAUACCACCAAUGUUGGGAAACUGCACCAGUUUAGAAACACUUGAUCUUUCUAACAACCAUCUUACUGGAGUUAUGCCACCAGGACUGGGAAAUUGCACUAGUCUGCAAUAUUUUUCUCUUUCGAACAACCAUCUUACUGGAACUAUAUCACCAGGGACAGUGAGUUGCACUACAUUAAAUGACCUUGACCUUUCUUACAACAAUCUUACUGGAGAUAUACCACCAUGGCUGGGGAAUUGCACUAAUUUGCAGUCCCUUUCUCUUUCUAAAAACCUUCUCACUGGACAUGUCCCAUCUGAGAUUGGUCUGCUCGGCAGUUUGACUAGACUGGAUCUUAGCAACAAUAAUCUAGAUGGUGUGAUAAGGGAGGAACACCUGGUUGCUCUAAAGAACUUAGAACACCUGGAUCUAUCACACAAUUCUUUCUCAGGGCAUCUGCCAUCAGAGUUUGGAGCUACCGGAUUAUUAGAAUUGACAUUAUCCUCCAAUUACUUCAGUGGGCAUAUUCCUGAAUAUAUUUGUAUGUUUUGGAACCUAGUUGUCUUGGAUUUAUCAGACAACCUUUUCAUGGGUGGACUUCCUCUAUGUUCUCGAAAGCCUAACCUGGUUUUCCUGAUUUUAAAUCACAAUAAGUUUUCUGGCAAGUUCCCAUCAUCACUGAAGAACUACUCGAGUUUGGCAUUCAUGGAUCUUUCAGUGAAUAGUUUCUAUGGAACAUUACCAUCAUGGAUUGGAGAUUUAGUAUAUUUGCGCUUUCUGCAGCUAAGUCACAAUUUCUUGUGUGGAGAUAUUCCAGUGACUAUCACAAAUCUUAAACGUCUUCGUCAACUGAGUUUAGCAGGAAACAGUAUAUCUGGUGUUAUUCCUUUUUCUUUGUCAAAUUUAACAGCAAUGACCCAGAAACAUCCAAAGAAACCUGGGGUCGACAUGUUUGUAUGGUACACCAGCCGUGUGGGUAAAUUUAGAGAAGUUUGGUCUAUAGUGAUGAAGCGUCAGGAACUUAAGUAUGGUGCUAGAAUUUUUGAUGUGAUCAGUAUGGACCUGUCGCUCAACAAUCUAACAGGUGAAAUUCCAGAUGGGAUAACCUCUCUCAAUGGACUAUUGAAUCUAAACUUAUCAUGGAACCAAUUGAGUGGAAAAAUUCCAGAUAGGAUUGGAGCUAUGGAAUCACUUGAAUCGCUCGACCUCUCAAGGAACAACCUUUCUGGUGAAAUCCCAACAAGCUUGACAGAUUUGACUUAUUUAAGCUCCUUGGACCUGUCAUAUAACAAUCUCACAGGAAGAAUUCCACCGGGACGCCAACUUGACACCCUCUACUUGGAGAACCAGUCCAUAUACACGGGCAAUGUUGGUCUGUGUGGCCCUCCUCUUGAAAGGAAUUGCUCACGAAACAAUGCACCAGAGCAUGACAAUCAACGGAAAAUCAAGAAGGUUUCUGAGCCUCUGUUGUUCUUUUACUUUGGACUUGGGUCUGGGUUUGCGGCUGGCCUCUGGGUCGUGUUUUGUACCCUACUGUUCAAGAAAGUGUGGAGAGUUGCCUAUUUCCGCCUCUUCGACAAGUUGUAUGACAAGGCAUAUGUGUUUGUGGUUGUUACUUGGGGUAGGAUAACCGGCAAGGCGACAACAACUUAAGUGUGACACCCAACAAGAUAAUGCAAAUCUGGUGAUGUUAUUUCACCCUACUACUGAGGUAUGAAAUAAAUGAAGGUGCCAAAGCAUUUGGCAGCUUGUGCUAGUAUGCGUUCUUUUCUCUCCUGUAGACUUGUAAUACGAACUUUGGUCUAAUGCAUGUAACCGUUAUAUUGGAUUGUACUUAUGAGUCAUGACGAACUCACAUGGUCUUAAUUUUCCAGCUCUAGUUCCUUUUGUGUUGAUGGUUCGUAAGCUGUAAGCCAAUGUUUUGUGAGUCUGCUAUACAGUUAAGCUUUUAGUGAGGGGCUGGUAGGAGUGGAACUAAAAGCCAUGAAGCACAACAAAACGAACUAACAAUGCGAGGGGUCAUCCAUCUCUAUAGAUUGAGGAAUCGUCACAUUACGGCCGAGCCAAGUUUCAUAUGGCUGCAAGACUGAACGUCCAGCACUUCUUGAGGGGGACAACACGAGUAGGAUACAAUACAAGGGCACACAUGUAACCAGUUUUUGCGGUGGCUCCCCAUUUGAAAUGAAGGGUGGGUGUUUGGUUUUUUGUUUCGUUUUUUUUUUAAGAUUUAGUUAGACAAGAUGACAACUGAAAUUUGUAGCUAAAGCAGUGAAAAACCGGAGGUAUAAAUUUACCACUGAGUUAUAAGAACGUCCUUCCAUUACACUAGUAUAUACUCCCUCCAUUCCUAAAUAUAAUACUUUUUAGAGAUUUCAAUACGGACUACAUAUGAAUGUAUAUAGACGUAUUUUAGGGUGCCGAUUCACUCAUUUUGCUCCAUGAGGGAGUAUUAUGCAUUCAGUGAUGCAUGUUCAUAUAUUUCCCAGAGCUUAUCAACUACUUACUGAACCAGCACAAGCACAUUUACAUUAUCUAACCAUAGUCGUCAAUGUUGGGUGGACAGAGAAAAUAAAUGAUUCCUUUUUUUCUGAUGUAUUAAAUUAGACAAGCACAUCACUAACUGAAACCAAUUCUUGCAAUGGUGAUUGCUGAAAAAAGAACAAAAUUUUCCAAAUCCUAGAUGUAGCAAGCAGUGGAACAAGAAUUUGAUGCAAGCAGUGGAACCACUCAACAUAUAAAGGGGGUCUUCUCUUCUAAACCCCAAAAGACAAAGGCAUCGGUCGCAAACAGCAAUCGCACUUCAGGAUACAUAGGAGUACCGACACCCGUUACGUACCAUCAUAAUUCCUAGUUAAUUAAUCCAGUACAAGUUAUAAUAAGGGCUGCCAAAACUCAUAUUAGUCACUCAAGGAAAUGCUGCUAACUACCGCUCUACCAUGCUGCCACCCAGGUCACCGAGGAUGUGGAUACCAUCCAAAAGCUUCCCAUUAUCUUUCAUCUUCAUUUUGUUUUUCAGGGACAACUGAACAUAGGUCAGGAUGGGGAAAUUAAGGGUCAAGAUUUCAAAGGAAUAGCAAAGACAAGUGCAAUGGUAGGCAAAAAAAUGCCCUCUAAAGUGAAAGUACUGGAUUUGUUCCUACAGAGUUUCUUUUGCAAAGCAUCAAGGAUAUAGGUUAAGUGACAUCAUAUCCUAGACAUGGAUGUUUCCAUUAUACAGUUUGCAAUCCAGUUAAACAAAUCUCUGAUAAUAGUAGGACAGACUACACACAAACACAGAUUACCCAGUAUAAGUUGAAUUACUCACUGGUCACAUAGAAAGAAAAUUUCACGGUGAUAUAUCUGCAUCGAUAAUCGUACAUAAGAGAUAUAUGAUCCACUAAGCAAAAAACUGUGAUAUAUUUGCUUCAACAUACAGAUAUGGAACAUUCAUUCCACUAUACAUUUACCUUCUGGGAUAAUGACCAUGUUUAUACAUUUGAGCAUACAAUUUUUACUUUUACAGUUAAGAACGCCUGAUAAUCCAGAUUUCAGAAAACAUUGAUAAAGCAGGAUGAAAUGUCCAUUCUAAAACACGAAACAAGUCAUCUUUGAGCACCACUAUAGGUUGCUAUUAUCAGACUAUAUAUGGGGAAGAACAAGUUCAGAGCAUGUUUUCUGGUACCAACACAAGCUUUAGCAAAAGUAAGCCAUGGAGAAGCAUGCCAUGAUCUGACACUUCAGGACAUGUCUAGCAGACGGCAACGAAUGCCACCAACAACAAGAUUUUGAAUUUUGUAUCAAGUCUCGAGUCCACAAAAGUAUUACUAACAUUGCUAAAAAAGUAUAUUGGGCGAUACAGAGUUUGGAUUUGGAGUCAUCAAAGUACCAAGUAGCAGUAGGGAAGUAAAUGGUAAUUUUGUUCCCACAAAGAUUAUUUGUCUUAGGUUCCCAUCAUGGUAGUCCAUUUAAGGGGGUCUUCUGUAAUCUUUUGGCAUCCAAGAAACAAACCUCUAUUCUUUUUAAUAUACCUCUUUAAUUUCUCGUAUAUAUCCACAACCUCCUUCUCAACUAACCAAUCCCCCACCCACGUGCAAGGGACACCCUUAUUCUCUCAUGCAACACCUGUAUUACGGAAGUGUGUCCCCUAUUGACACCUUAUGUUAUGAGUUUAUGACCAUAGUGCCCAGGUGUUUUUUAACAAUCUUAGCACAAGCAUUCGAAAAUGUCGCUUGGCAAACAAGUUAAAAUGACCUAAGGAAUCAAUCAUAUACCUAACACCACUCUACAGCUAUACCAAACAGUAUGAUGGAAGAUGCACAUGGCAAAAUAACAUAACCUCAACAAGAGCAUUGUACAUAUCAUCAAAAGGCCAAAAGGCAAACCUGCCACGAUUAAGAACACUUCAGUGUAGGGAACGUGGGAGGCCAGAUCAUCAUAAAAGGAUGAACAGUACCCAAACCUUCAUCCUCUUCCGGCAACUCGUAGACUUUGCACUAUGUCCUGCACUUGAUAUCCGUAUAGAGCAGGAAUGGAACCAUCCACAAGAACACAAACUCAUCAUUGUCUCCCACCUGGAUUAUCAUAUCAGAGAUAUGCUUACCCUCAACCAUGCAACCUCAAACUAGUAACCAUGUCGUGCAAACAAAUGGUGUCCGCCAGCAACCAAUCCCCCCCCCCCCCCCCCCCCCCCCCUCCCCCCCCCCCCCACCCCCCCCCCCCCCCCCCCCCCCUUGUGGAGCCAGACACUAAGCUGGAGCUCCUUCAACUUCAACUCAAUCAGAUAUAUAGAAAAAAAAGUUAUCCGCUCGUGACAAAAUGGUGUACAAAGUGUUUAGCUGCACCCCUUAUGGUAACUGAAUUGUGGAAAAACUUGAUGCUAUUAGAUCCAAGACAAGAAUCCUGCUCAGGCCAGACAGGAUAUAGAUUUUAUUGCUCGCAAGCACGGGUUUUCUAUCCAAAUGAAGAGAAGAGGUAUGUGUCGUGGGCGACGUUUACAUAUGCCAGGCACCAUCUUGCAACACAUAUACGCGCGCGGUGGAAGUAUUUGUCACCAUGGCAAACUCCAUCAACACAUAUAAGUAGGACAAAAAAUCGCCCUCUUCUUUGGAGAAGACCACACCCUGAGUGAAACUACUGAAGUCCCGGUAUUGGAGGUAUGUGAAUGGUGGGACAUCGACCAUGCCUCUGUCAGGGCAAAGCGGGGGGGGUGCACUCGAACACUGGCCCCUGUUCCUCCUCCAUUGCGCCUUCAGUGGCACAAUGUGGUGAAGACGCUGCCAUUCCGACAGUUUCAAAUCAGAACAUUGUGGUUGCCGGCAGUGGGAAAGCCGAUGUGGAGUAUUUUGGUGAGCAGGUCGCCGUCGUCCAGCACCUUGGAUACAGUGGCCGCGGCUGCCAGUGGGGAAUGCCGCUCUAUGUCACCACACACACACAAUUUCUUCUCGGGUUCGGCACUGGGAAUCGGCAUUCAAAAAUAAAAAAAUGCAAAUGGACGGCAACGCAGUGGAUUGAUUUAUUCACACUGCAAAUGUUUGCAAUAAACACACAACACACAGCUAUGUGCAGCAGACAGCAGAGCAUACGCAAAUUACAAACUGCACGAACUGAAAUUUGGGAGAGAAUCCAAGAAAUAUAGAGAGACCGGAUCUUGAUUACCACUGGGGAAUCUCGGCAAGAUCCAUCUAUCCCCACCCUUAGCUCCCGCGACGAGUAAACAAUAUAGAUCUAGCUAGGGUUUCCCGCGGGAGAAGAAAAGAAGUUGGGAGUGGACGGGAAGGAGAAGCGAGCGCACAUCAAAACAGAGGAGAGGGGGAGAAGUGCCGUACGCCGGCCGCCGGAGACGGGCUCAGGUCGCCGGCCGAUUCGCGGCGGAGCAUCGUCUCGCCCGGUGAGGCGUCGAGGUGUUGUUUGUCGAAUCAGGCCAGCUGAAGCGAGCUGCGGAGCGAAGCUGAGCUGAGUCUGAAAAGUGAGG